AUGAGUCGUACAGAGCCGAGAUUCAGGUACCCCAGAUCAGCUUCCGGCACAUCGUUGAUUCAGCUGAGCACUCCAGAGGUAAACAGGUUGAAUAUUACAAAUGAUAGUGUCAUUGGCACACUCUAUAAUUUUCCAUUUUCAUCUCUCACUUUUCUUGAAUAUGUUGAUCUGAGCAUCAACCAGCUCUAUGGUAUCAUCCCCUCUGCAAUAGGAAACCUCACUAAUCUUGUCUAUCUUGACUUAUCAGCUAAUCAGUUUUCAGGCACAAUCCCAACACAAAUCGGCUCACUAACAAAACUUGAGAUCCUCUACAUCUUUGAAAACCAUUUAAAUGGUUCCAUUUCAGGAGAGUUGGGGAAUGUACAAAAUCUUGCUGAACUUGUUUUAGAUUAUAAUCAACUUACUGGUUCUAUUCCUGCUUCAUUUGGCAAUUUGAGAAACUUGCGUACUUUGUUUCUCCAUGCCAACAAACUUUAUGGUUCCAUUCCGAAAGGGCUUUCAUAUUUGGAUAAGUUAAAAGCAUUGGUUAUUAGUGAUAAUCAACUUUCAGGCCAUUUGCCAAAACAGCUUUGCCAAGGUAGGAAACUUGAGAUCAUCAAGGUGAAGAAUAACAAGUUGACAGGACCAAUACCAAGAAGCGUGAGUAAAUGCUCAAGUCUCAAAAGGGUUCACUUUAAUAACAACAGUUUCACUGGGAACUUGUCUGAAGCUUUUGGCAUCUAUCCAAAUCUUCAGUUCAUUGAUUUGAGGGAUAAUGAUUUUCAUGGUGAACUCAGCAGUAACUGGGGGAAAUGCAAGAAUUUGACUGAUUUAGAUUGGAAACGUCAAAGGGCUUCUUGGACUUGA